CCCAGUGAUUUUUGCUGUUUUGCUUCGGCUUUGAGACUUACUCAUUUGAAACUUAUGCUCAUCGGCAGAGGGAUGAGAAAUCCGAAAAACUACCUGCUUCUACUUUUCUUAAUUAACUAAGCGGGUAUCUAGCUCAUAAUUUCAUUGGUCCAUUUAGUUCCUUGAAGAUAUGAUUGUCUCUGCUCUUCUCACUUCUCUUGGGAUAAACACAGCUCUGUGCGUGUUAUUCUUCACAUUGUACUCUGUACUGAAAAAACAACCCUGUAAUUAUGAAGUUUAUAUGCCACGCUUGCUAGCCGAAGGAACCUCUAGGCGGAGAAGUCAUUUCAACUUAGAAAGACUGGUACCUUCAACUGGGUGGGUUGCAAAAGCCUGGAGGCUUUCUGAAGAUGAGAUAUUGUCGUCAUCAGGAUUAGACGGGGUGGUAUAUAUGCGUCUUAUAACCUUCAGUUUGAAAAUAUUUUCUUUUGCUGGGUUUAUCGGGAUCCUUGUGCUUCUUCCAGUAAAUGUCUCAGGAGAUGCACUAGUAGGAUUUGAUUUUACCAAUGUGACGAGUAGCUCCUUGGACAUUUUCACCAUAUCAAAUGUGAAAAAUGGCUCUAACUGGCUGUGGAUCCACUUCUCGGCGGUGUACUUUGUUACUGUAUUCAUAUGCUUCAUGCUUUAUAAAGAAUAUAAAUACAUAUCUGCAAGAAGGAUUUCUUAUUUUUACUCAUCCCCACCUCAACCACACCAAUUCACCAUCUUAGUUCGCAGUAUUCCUACUUCAUCCAGUUGUAGUGUCAGUGAGAGUGUCGAGAGCUUCUUCAAAGAGCUUUACCCUGCUACAUAUUUAUCGCAUGUGGUUGUUCGUCGCACAAGCAAAAUUCAAAGUCUCCUGAAUGAAGCAAAAAACUUAGGUAAAAGACUUGGUCAACUACAAUCAGAUCCCUCUCAGCAACAGCACAGGCAAGGUGGUUUCUUUGGACUUUUUAAACGCAAAAUUAAUCUUAGGGAUCACUAUGAGAAGAGGUUGGAGGACAUUGAAGAGAAUGUAAGACUGAAGCAAUCAGAGGCUUCAUUGGCAGGAGAAGAGACUCGAGCUGCCUUUGUGGCCUUCAAGUCCCGUUAUGCUGCUGCAGCUGCUGUCCGUCUGCAUCCAGCAGUCAAUCCCAUUGAAUGGAAUACAGAGCAAGCUCCAGAACCCCAUGAUGUCUACUGGCCCUUUUUCUCUGAAUCAUUUAUGCGAAGAUGGAUUUCCAAGUUGGUAGUUAUAGUUGUCUUCAUCGUUUUCACAAUAUUGUUCCUUAUACCUGUCUUAAUUGUGCAAGGCCUUACCAACCUGAGCCAGCUGGAAGUUUUGUUUCCCUUCUUGAAAAGUAUUCUCACCAUAACAUUUAUCAGUCAAGUAAUUACAGGAUACCUUCCCAGUCUCAUUCUUCUAUUGUUUCUGCAAACGGUGCCUCCUGUCAUGGAGUUUCUUUCCUCCAUUCAAGGGUACAUCUCACACAGUAAUAUAGAAAAGAGUGCAUGUAAUAAAGUCCUGUGGUUCACAGUAUGGAAUGUGUUUUUUGCGACUGUGUUUUCUGGAUCAGUUCUAUAUCAAAUGUCCAUUUUCCUUGACCCCAAGGCCAUUCCUCAAAAACUAGCGGUAGCAGUUCCAGCACAGGCAUCAUUUUUCAUUGCUUAUGUCGUGACAUCAGGAUGGACAAGCACAUCAUCAGAACUUUUCCGGAUGUUUCCUUUAAUUUGGAGUUUGAUUAAAAGGCCUUUCGCAUCGGAAGAUGACGAAUUUGAAGUUCCAUCCUUUCCUUACCACAAAGAUAUUCCAAGAGUACUUAUGUUUGGACUUCUUGGAAUUACAUAUUUCUUCUUAGCCCCACUAAUUCUACCAUUCCUCUUGAUCUACCUCUGUCUUGCAUACAUAGUAUUUAGGAACCAGUUCAUAAAUGUAUAUGCACCCAAGUAUGAAACAGCAGGGAAAUUCUGGCCUAUUGUGCACAAUUCCAUGAUCUUUUCUCUUGUACUCAUGCACAUCAUUGCAGUGGGAAUUUUUGCGCUGAAAAAACUCUCUACAGCAUCCUCCUUGAUGAUUCCUUUGCCUAUCAUUACUCUUCUCUUUAAUGAGUACUGCCGAAAACGGUUUCUUCCCAUGUUUGUUGCAUACUCUGCAGAGACUCUGAUCAAGAAAGACAGAGAAGACCCAAAUGAUGCUACAAUGGAUGAGUUUUAUGACAAAUUAAUCAUUGCUUAUAGGGACCCUGCUUUGCAGCCAAUUCAGUCACCUUCAGACACCAGCACUCUUCGGACUCCCCUUAUAUCUUCUUGAAUUUAUAUGAGGCACAAUUUUUUUACCAUGCCUGAGAAGGUUUCUUCCUUUUUUUUUUCUUUUGGGUUUUUUGUCAGUAUGCCUGAGAAGUUAUUUGUUUGCUGUUUUACUGUAUAUGGCUGUAGAAUACGUUUUUUUGGUAGUGAAAGAACGUUAGUGUGGAUUGUUUAUUCAAAAAUUACUGGUCUGAAUAC